AUGGACCGCUCUCAGACGAGCAAAGGAGCCGACGCCUCGCGCAAGCGCAAGCGCGGGGCGCUCCAGGACAUCAGCAACAGCUCCGCGAAGAUGUCGCAGCCGCAAGAGGACGUGUCGCAGCGUUGCUACAGCCUCGUCCAGAAGGAGCCAACCGCCGAAGCCGCAGUCAAGGCCAAGGCCAAGCAGCCAAAGGCGCCACGGGCGUCGACGCGGCGCCGUUCUGUGACUGCGUCCAGUCUCUCGACACUCGAGAGCUCCAAGGCGGCGGCGGCGGCGGCUAAGAGGCAGACGAGCAAACGCGUUUAUGGGAGCAAAAAGACGGACGGGACGCGCGUUAAGAAGCGGAAAGGCGAGGGAGGGGAGGCGUCGAUCGUGCAUCAGAAGGUCCAGACGAGUAUCUUGUCGUUCCAAGCUGCUGCUGUGAAGGUGAAGGAGGGGGCGGACGACGUGGGGACGGAGGAGAGGGGGGAGACGGUCGUGAUGGAGGAGGACGUGAAGACGGGAGCGGUAGCAGAUGCUGAACUCGGCAAGGAGGGAGCGACUUCUUUGAUUGACAAGGAGGUGGAGGAGAGUGAAGACGGGCGAGAAGAAAAGACGCGGGAAAUUCAGGUUGUCUCGAAGUGUGUGGCGCACACUACGACAUCUACUGCUGCUGCUGCUACUACUGCUGUUGCUGCUACUGCUGCUUCCGAGCCUCGGGAUGUGUAUACGCCUCGUCCGUAUACUUUUACGUACGACCACAAGAGGUCGUGUUUUGACAAGGAGACGUAUGCCGCGACUAUUUGUGAUAUUGACGCUCCGUCUGCUACAACGAGCUCGCACCACGCAAAGCUCGUACGGGAGCUGGACACGUACUACCGGAAACACGAAUCGAAGUAUUUGCCCGAAGCCGAUUACAUUGGUACGGUCCAAAUGGACAUUAACGAGAAGAUGCGGACGAUCUUGAUUGACUGGCUUGUCGAGGUCGGCGAGGAGUACAAGCUGGACUCGCAGACGUUUCACAGGGCUGUGAAUUUGGUGGACCGCUGUCUCAAGAAGAUCCGGAUCAACCGCAAGCAGUUCCAGCUGCUUGGGUGUGCGUGUAUGAUGAUCGCCGCAAAGUUCGAUGAAGUCUACGGUCCAAACGUCGAGGAUUUUGUCUAUAUUUCCGACCAGACGUAUACUGCAGAUGAGAUGCUUGACAUGGAAGCACAAGUGCUCAGCGCACUCGAAUAUCGCAUCGCAUCGACUACUUGCUAUGGUUUCAUGCAUCGCUACACGCAAGCAGGGUGUGCAACGGACAAGCAGCGGUCAUUGGUGUCGUACCUAUGUGACUUUGCACUACUGUAUUACCACAUGGUACGGUUGAAACCGUCCAAGCUGGUGGCAUCUGCUGUCUAUCUCACUCGUGUUACCACGGGUGAGAUUGAGGCAUGGACGCCUACAUUGCACCAUGUCACCAAGUAUAAUCCCGUAGAUAUUCAGGACUGCGUCGAAGAGCUCCACCGUCUUCACUCGAUUGAGUCUGAGGUAGUGGAUUCCCAGCGCGAUAAAGCGAAAGCUGUGAGCGAAAAGUACCUGGCGGACAAGUUCCACCAGGCCAGCAGUAUUCCAGCCUGCAGCAAGAGUCAGCUGACGGCCUCGUUUCCUCAAUACAAGCCUUCUUAA